AACGUCGGCUUGAACACGGGCGUGGCCGCGAAGUACCGAGCCGUUGCAUCGCAGAGUGAGGAGACGCCGAUACCCGCCGCAGAUGCGGGCGACGAGACAAUCGCAACAAGAACGGCUGCAGCUGUGGCGGAGGCCACGAACGAUGCAGCCGGAGGCGGCGAUGCCGUGGCCAAGAGGGCCGCUGCGUCUUCGACAGCAGCUACCGACGCGGCUACAAUUGCGACACCCAACGCAGCCGCAGAUGAUGAGCCCGGGCGCAACCAGUGGGGCAGCGGUCUGGCCAACACCAAGCGAGCAGCCGACCUCAAGGCGCUGCUCAGCAAGCGGAGCAAGGUGCUGUCCGUCAGGUUCAGCAUCAUCGACGAGAUGCCCAGCGCACAUAGUUUCCGCUUCAGAACAAUGAGCAUCGCCGAGGAAGCGGACUGCAUCCAGCUCUGGCAUCACACCAAACUUACCGCGACGAUGAUCUUCGUCGAGCGCACGAGGCACGAGCCCAAUGCUGAGAGGGGAGCUGCUGCAUGGGCAGCCGCCAAAACCCAAGACGUCGUCAAGAGAGACAGCGAGGCGACGUCUUCUUCGGAGGGGGGGAAUAUAUGGGGAAUUCUUGAUAACCACCCGAUCACCAUCCUCGUCCAUAUCAGCCCCGAAGGUGAUAAGACCCAGCAGCGAGGGCCACUGCGCAUGCGCCAGGAUCGGUACAUGGUUCAUAACCUGGCACGGCGAGCGGUGAAGGGGAAGUUGCCGGCGAACUGUCGUGAGGUGCGCGUGUGUGCGCGGCGUGCGGUCCGCCGAGGCCAAGGUUAG